CGCAUCUUGCAGACACAGUCGAGAGCAGUUCAGACCAGGACAGACUCUCACGUUGAGGUACACUCUGCUGCCAGGCGCUGGGAAGAUGCUGCUGCUGUACCAACUCUUGCUGGGCACCCUGGGGGGUCACUGGGCCGCAGCGUCCUCGCACCCUACCCUCUGCACCAGCGACGCCUGCUACACGGCGCACAUGGUCGCCAAGCCCUUCUGGCGGGCGCUGGACAGCUGCAAGGCCAACGGCGGGAACCUGGCGACGGUCAAGGACGAAGGGGAGGCGAGGCACAUCCACCGCCUGCUGGAGUCGAGCCUCGCCGGGUCGCCGGGCGCCCGCCGCAGGUUGUGGCUGGGGCUCCAGCUGCCCCGCCGGCACUGCUACCAGCAGCACAAGCCGCUGAGGGGCUUCCUCUGGACCUCGGGGGGAGAGGAGAGCACCUACUCCAACUGGGCCCGGGAGCCCCUCAGCACAUGCACCGCGCACCGCUGCGUCUACCUCGCCGUCUCCUCCUCUUCCAGCCCCGGGGCCUCGGGGAUUCGCUUCGCCUGGGCGGACGGCGUGUGCAGCGACCACAGGGUCGACGGCUACCUGUGCAAGUUCAGCUUCCGAGGCAUGUGCCGGCCAAUCGAGCUGGCCGGGCCCGGCUCGGUCACCUACACCACUCCGUUCGACGCCGAGAGCGCCACCCUGGCCCUGGUGCCCUUCGGCUCGUUGGCGGCGGUGUCGUGCCAGGGCUCGCGGUCGGACAGCUACACCCUGUGCCAGGAGACCAGCCCCGGCUCGUACGGCUGGUCGCCAGCCGAGCCCGGGCUCUGCGCGCCGCUCUCCGCCUGCGAGGCGGGCAAUGGCGGCUGCGCCCAGAUCUGCCUCGAUGGUUUGGGCGGGAGCGCCACGUGCAGCUGCCGCGACGGUUACGCGCUCGCGGACGACCUUCGCUCGUGCCAGCCCCUGGAUCCCUGCCUGGGCCACCUCUGCGAGCAGCUGUGCGUCCCGCGCCCUGGAGGGUUCCAGUGCGCAUGCGAUGCCGGCUACGCCCUGGGCGGGGACGGGCGCAGUUGCCAGGAUGUGGACGAGUGCUCCUCCCGACCAUGUGCCCACCGGUGCCAGAACACGCCGGGUUCCUACCGGUGCCAUUGCCAGCCAGGCUACGAGGCCAAUGGGCACGCCUGCAUCGACAUGGAUGAGUGCGCCAGGCAGCCAUGCCAGGGGCCUUGUGCCAACACCCAGGGCAGCUUCCGGUGCUUCUGCUGGCCUGGGUACGUCCUGAGCGCCGAUGGAGUGUCCUGCGCUCCGCUGGAUGUAGCCAGCACCCCGCUGGAUGUAGUCAGCACCCCGCUGGAUGUAGCCAGCACCCCGCUGGAUGUAGUCAGCACCCCGCUAGACGUGGUCAGCACCCAGACUGCCCCAGCUACGGACUGGAAUGCGGUCGUGGAAACCGGAGCCAGCUGGGGUGCCACCUACGACACGAUGCCAACAGCUCUAGGGAUCCACUUGGGCACCACUGCAGACAUCCAACCAGGUGAAGGAACCACGAGGAGUAGCACCAUCACGACUUUCAGCACCGGGAGCCAGCCACCAGUCCCAUCACCAACUGGCAGGGAGCUCCAUGGCACAGACAGUGCGCUUGACCCAGUGAGAAACGAAGCGGACAGAAGCUGGCUCCUGGCCUGUGUCCUGGGUUCGCUCUCCGCUGGCCUGCUCCUCCUUUGCAUAGUGGCUGUGAUUCUGUGUCAUCGCCACAGGGCUGCAAAAGGCAAGGCCGAUAAUGGAAGGCAUUUCUCCAGCUGGAUCCAAGCCCCAGGACCACCACCAUUUACAGCUGCAGACAAAGUCAUGUCUGCCAACUCUUCCAUCAAUAACUACAUUGAGAUGGAGACAGAUCAGAACACAACGGAAUAUAUUGGUCAAGUAGCCAACAUUGAUAGCGGGCCAGUGAAAACAGAAAAUGCAAGAAAUCCUUGGGAUAUCUGGCAGUGUCUAUAUCAGGAAGAGCAAAUCCACUUCACUCGCAUGAAGUUUGCAAAAUUGGCACCGGGACAAAUAACUCCUUUGAAUCAGUUGCAUCACAAAGUCCCAGCCCUUUUUUUUUGUUUUAACCCACUUCCUUCCGUAGUGCAAUCCGUCCUGGACUAUUUAAAUCAGAGUCUGACUGGCUGCGGGACAGAGUUGUUGGAAGAAGUGGUUUCUGGAGCAGCACAGAAGCAGAGAGUGGAGACAAUGUUGUUGCUGCUGUGCCUCUGCCUGAGCGCCGGGCUGCACGGCGGGCUGGUGCACGGAGUGCUGAGCCCACAGCCCGCGGUGCAGGAGCCCACCCCCAGCGUCUGCGUCGCCACCGUCUGCUACAGCCUGCAGCGGCAGCGCAGGAAGUUCAACAUGGCCCGCAAACUCUGCAAGAACGGCGAGGGGGAUGCUAUGACCGUCGGCUCCACCGUGGCCGCCGAAGCCAUCGCCGUGCUGCUGGGCUCCGGCGGCGAAGUGGGGGGCGAGCGCCCCCGCUGGACGGGAGGAGGAACCGAGAGCCCCGCUGCGGGUGGGGGCGAGCGCCCCCGCUGGACGGGAGGAGGAGUGAAGGAGAACUUCUGGAUCGGCCUGCAGCUGCACCACAAGGCCUGCCCUAGCAACGAGAGCCUGCUGCGGGGCUACCGCUGGGUGGACGGCGAGGCCGCCGCCAACUACAGCCAGUGGGGCGCGGCGACGGAGGAGUGCGGCCCCCGCUGCGUGACGGUGUCCGCCGGCGGCACCUGGGAGGAGCGGCCGUGCAACCAGAAGGCGGACGGGGUCCUGUGCGAGUACCGGUACCCGGGCAGCUGCGGGCGCCUGAGGGCCGGCGGCAACGCCACCGUGGUCUACCGCACCCCGUUCGGCGCCGACGGCGGCCACCUGUCCGAGCUGCCCGCCGGCACCCGAGCGCAGGUGGCCCCCUGGGGCCUCGAGUUCACCUGCCGCCCGGGGGAGGCGGGCGAGACGCGCGGGGCCUGGCGGGGCCCUCAGGCCUCGGCGCCCUGGGCCUGCCAGGUGGAGAACGGCGGCUGCCAGCACACGUGCCGCGGCGAUUCGGGGCCCGGCGGCGGCCCGCGGUGCGGCUGCCCGGCCGGCUACACCCUGGGCGAGGACAACACCAGCUGCCAGCCCUUCGACCCGUGCCGGGAGGCGAGGUGCGAGCACCGCUGCAUCGUGCAGAGCGGCACCCCGUACUGCCUGUGCUGGGACGGCUACACCCUGGGCGAGGACAGCAAGAGCUGCACCGACGUGGACGAGUGCCAGCAGAGACCGUGCGAGCAGCGCUGCGUGAACACCCCGGGCAACUUCAGCUGCGAGUGCUUCCCCGGUUACCGGCUGGGCAGGGACAACAAGUGUGAGGAUGUUAACGAGUGUGACACCAUCACCCCCUGUGCCCAACGCUGUGCCAACACUGCGGGAAGUUACAAAUGCAGCUGCUAUCCAGGCUACCACUCGGACCCCCAAGAUAGUCGAGAAUGUGUGUUCUAUUGCGAGGAAAAAACAGACCCCUGUGCUGCCCGCUGCAUUGGAAUGGACUGCUACUGCCCAGUGGGUUAUAUUUAUGAUGACCUGCGCAACAUUUGCCAUGAUAUCGAUGAGUGUGCCUCCGGCGCUUGCGACAUGACUUGCACCAACACCCCUGGCAGCUUCAAAUGUGACUGCAAAGAGGGCUUAGUGCUUCAGGAAGAUGGUAUCACUUGCGACAUCGAAGGCUCCGGCAGUGGCAGUACCCUACUCCCCACUACCGUCUCGCCCCGUGUCAUCCAACCUGGCCAGGCUGGGGUCUCCCUCGUCGUGGUUCUGGCCUCCAUUUUCGCUAUCGCCGUCUUGACUCUGGUGUUUGCCGGCUUGGCUCACCACCUGCUGGCCAAACGGGGCAAGUGGAAAGCCUCUGCCGCCUACAAACCAACUAACGUAGACAUGGACCUCUGUCAAGUCACUUCUCUAGAUGAGCAAAAGCAGCAGCUUCAGAGCACAGAGAUAUCCGGUGUGGCUACCUGAAGAGCUGAACUUUAAAUUGGAAGAACAAACUGUUAUAUGAUGAUUAUAUUGGGGUGGGGGAAUUAACAAAACCAAACUAAUUUGAGUUUAGAACAAUGCAAAGCUGGGGAGUGUGUGAACACUCAUGCGUUUCCUAAAAAGAAUAGCUUCACCCAACAUUCCUCAUGGAUACUCUUUGGCCAAAGAUCAGCUUGCUUUCACAAUAAGGUACCUAUGUGAGCUACAACCAUAACGACGAAGCUGGGCCAAUUUGCAGAAGCCAGCUUCUGACUCAAGACUGCAUUUUCUCCUAGUUGACAGCUUUUGUUACAGGUUUAAGGGCAAUCAGGAUAAACUAAAUCAAGAACUAAGGAAACGCCAUUGUACUAAGAAUGAUAUAAACUAGU